AUGGGUGACGAAUGGGUGGGUGACGCAUGGAUGGGUGACGAAUGGAUGGGUGACGAAUGGGUGGGUGACGCAUGGAUGGGUGACGAAUGGAAAGAGGACGAAUGGAUAGGUGACGAAUGGAAAGGAGAUGAGUGGAAGGGUGAAGAGCGGAAAGGUGACGAAUGGAUAGGUGACAAAUGGAAAGGUGACGAGUGGAAAGGUGACGAGUGGAAAGGUGACGAAUGGAUAGGUGACGAAUGGAGAAGUGACGAAUGGAUGGGCGAAGAGUGGGAACAGAAAUCCAGUAGAAGCAUCGUCAGAACCUCCCUGGGGAAGAUCAAGGGACAGACUGUGUCCUUCAAGGGCGUCCCUGUUAGACAAUUCCUCGGCGUGCCCUACGCCAAGCCCCCACUAGGAGAAAGAAGAUUCAAGAAACCAGAACCCGUUGACCCGUGGCCAGGCAUUCUCCAAGCUCUCCACGAACCCCCUGCCUGCACCCAGUACACCGAGAAUCCGUUCCCUUGGUAUGACCCCGAGCCGGGUAAGAGCGAAGACUGCAUGUACUUGAAUAUCUGGGCCCCAAUGGGGGCCUCUAAGUUUAGUAGAAAAGCUGUCAUGUUCUGGUUAUUCGGUGGUGGUUACUUCAUCGGCUCCAUUCGUGACCCCCUUUUUGAUGGUCGAGCCCUCGCUGCUGAAGGAGACAUCGUGGUAGUCACCGUAAGUUAUCGUCUGGGUUCCUUUGGAUUUCUGUAUUCUGGAACUGAAGAUGCACCUGGCAACAUGGGAGUUUGGGACAUUCUGUCUGGGCUGAAGUGGGUGAGAGACCACAUCGACUCGUUCGGUGGGGAUCCGACCAGGAUCACGAUAGCCGGAGAGAGCGCCGGAGCCAUCGUCGUCGGACUAUUAUCCGUUUCUCCCCUUGCGCGAGGCCUCUACGCUCGACAGAUCAUGCAAAGCGGAUCGAACCUCUGGCUUCUCGCAGAGAACAGCACCAGGAACGAAGAAAAAAGUCAGAAAGUGGCCGAGCUAGUGGGCUGUGGCAAUCAGUCCUACACCAUACAGGACCAUCCACUGCAGGUCGUCGCCUGUCUCAGAGAUGUGGAUGCUCUGGAACUGAGCAAAGCAGAAUCGAGUUUGAUUCCUCACUCUUCCAGGAGUUUCCUACCCCAGUUUGGCGACGAACUCCUCCCCGAGAAUCCUAGGAUAGCCACUGCUAUGGGCAACUUCCAAGCGAGUAACCUCUUGAUCGGUAACAACCUUGACGAAGGAUCUUUUCAGAUCUCGACCAGUAAUCCCGAUCUGUACGGAUUUUUCGGCGAGAAAAAUCCACACAUCGACAAGAGUCUCGCUAAGGACACGAUGCAUGCCAUAUUCUCCAACCUCGGCUUCCCGGAUCCAACUGCUGUGGUGUCCCAAUACCUUCCGGAUAGCAUCGAGGAGGACGAUUACGAGUUGGUCCGGCAACAGCUCUACAUGGCAUCCGGAGACUUUUCGCUGCUCUGUCCCACCGUCUACUACGCAGAAAGCAGCGCCAUAAAGGGCAGCGACGUCUACUUUUAUUUUUUCACAAAGCGCCCCAGCACGACGCCCUGGGCUCCCUGGAUGGGAACCACGCAUUAUGAAGAAGUCCAGUUCGUAUUCGGCUCUCCGCUGAAGAAUCCAGAGAAGUACGAAGUGGCAGAAACUGCUCUGAGUGCGGACAUGGUACGUUACUGGUCCGAGUUCGUGAAAAAUGGGAGACCGAGUCCAACCUGGCCGAAAUACUCUCGUGAGAAUCCUAUCCAUCGCAUUCUCGACACAGGAACCGAGCAGAUGGGCACUGGGCCUCACAGAGACGCCUGCGACUUCUUCAGGCCCUAUUUCGGAUUCUGA